AUGGCAAAUAUAACCCACACUUAUAACUACGGAGGAGUAGAUUGGAUCUGCGAGCGAUGGGUCGGUGCAAGCUCCAUGGGAAUUGGUCGCGGAGAGAACCCCAUCAACUUUGCUCUUCCCCUUCUUCUCCUUCAGAUUUCUGUCGUCUCCUUAUUUUCCGCCUUUUUUCAGUUUCUUCUUCGGCCUUUCGGAAAAUUUGCAUUCCUCACUCAGAUCGUGGCUGGGAUCUGCCUAGGACCGUCAGUGAUAGGACGUAACAAGCAGUACAUGUCGACAUUUUUCUACACGAGAAGCGUCUUCAUAAUCGAAUCCUACGAAGCCAUUUGUUUCCUUUUCAUUUGCUACAUCACAACAUGCCAAGUAGACACGAGGAUGAUCAAGAGAGUAGGCAAAUUAGCAUUCAUCAACGGCAUCCUGCUUUUCCUCAUACCUUUCGUGUGGGGCCAAUUCGCUGCCAUCUUGAUCUCCAGGAAGCUCGGAGGUGGGCCCGUAGGGGUCCCUCCUGCGGAGUUCCACCACGUGGCGAUCGUGGAGUCGACCAUGUUCUUUCAGGUGGGAUACGGAGUGUUGUCGAGCCUAAAGAUGUUGAACACAGAGCCAGGGAGGUUAGCGCUCGCCUCCAUGAUGGUGCAUGACUGCCUCUCGUGGAGCUUCUUCAUGCUUAACAUCGCCAUCAAAAUUAACGUGACCUUACCGGACAAAAACCGGGCCAUUUUAUUGUCGGCCUCACAGAUGCUAAUGAUAGUGUCAAUAGUAUACGUGUUCCGACCAAUGAUGCAGUGGAUGAUGAAGAGAACACCCGAAGGACACUCUCUCAAGGCCUCGUAUCUCUCUGUUGUGUGUGUUUUGCUCUUCAUCUGCGCUCUCUGGGCUGAAUUUGUGGGCUUACCAUACUUCUUUGGCGCCGUCGUCUUGGGUCUAGCCACCCCAAAACGGCCCCCUCUAGGCACAGGACUCUCGGACAAGAUGGGUUGUUUUGUGUGGUCCGUCCUCAUGCCUUGCUACAUCAUCGGGAUCGGCUACAAUAUAAAUCUCUCACUGUUUUCCUUUAGAGAUAUCAUCCGUUAUGAGGCCCUUUUUUUGGUGGUCCGGUGCGCCAAAGUCGUGGCCAUUACAUUGCCUUCCCUUUACUAUAAUGUGCCACUCUGGCACGCCAUUCUUGUUGGGCUUAUAGUCAACAUCCAAGGAAUCUACGACGUUCAAAUCUACAAACAGAACUUCAAUUACUCGAAAUUAUCAAGCAAGUCUUUCGGAGCAAUGGUGAUGUCAGCAUUGGUAAACUCAACAAUAUUAAUAGUGAUAGUCAAGAAAGUGUACCAAACCAUGAGCAAACGCAACCCUUACAAGAGACGCACCGUUCAACACUGCCGCAUCGAGGCUCCCUUGCGGAUCCUCACCUGCUUCCGGAACCGGGAAGCGGUCCGUCCGGUGCUGGACCUCGUGGAACUCUCUCGUCCAGUCAUCGGAUCUCCUCUCUCGGUCUUCGCCAUCAAUCUGGAAGAGCUGAACAACCACAGCCUUCCUCUUCUGAUUCAUCACACGCAAGAGAUAAGCCCAUUCCUCGUGCCUAGCCGAAGAGACCAGAUCGUUAAGGCCUUUCACAACUACGAGAAGUCCAAUCCGGAGACCGUGUUGAUAGAAUGCUUCACGGCGGUGGCCCCGAGGAAGACGAUGCACGAGGACGUGUGCGCCAUUGCAUUUGACCAGGAGACGGACCUUGUGGUCCUGACUCUUGAUGCUGGGAUCGAGUCGUGGGAGAGGCAGUUGUGUCGGAAUCUCCUGCAGAACUGUCCCUGCUCAGUCGCGCUUUUCAUCGACAGAGGAAGGCUCCCAGACUUCAGGUUCGUUCCGAUCAAAAAGCUAAGCAUCAACGUCUGUGCUGUCUUCUUAGGAGGACCAGAUGACCGAGAAAUGCUUGCGUAUGCUACACGCUUGGCGAACCAUCCCAGCGUCGAUCUUCAUGUCUUCCGGCUCGUGGACCAGAACGGCGUCUCCCCUCUCAGAGACAUGGUCGAGAGAAAGCACGACAUGAGAGUCAUCAACAUGUUCCGCAAAGAGAAUUCCGACAAAAACAUCAUCUUCCGAGAGGUAAGAAUAGAGGAAGCGGUGGAUCUGAUGGAGUUGCUGAGGAAGGAAGGAGACGACUUCGAUCUGAUGAUGGUCGGGAUCAGACACGAAGAGAAUCUAAUGAUGCUGGAAGGAAUGUCAGAAUGGAGCGACAUGAAGGAGUUAGGAGAGGUUGGAGAUUUGUUGAUCUCCAGAGAUCUCGAGCUCUCUGUUUCGGUUCUCGCUGUCCAGCAAUGA